GCAGCCGCUUCGCAGGCGGCCAGCCGCUCACAUUGGCCUGGCUGGGGCGGCGCGAGGGCUCUGAGGCUGCGGCUAGGAAGGAGGCGGGCAUGGAGCUCACCGAGGUGGACCUGGGCAACCAGGGCCCCCCUGGGGCUGGCAGGAGCAGCUCGGAGUCCGAGCUUGCCCGAGGCAGGGUGAGCAGUAGCGCCGACAGUGUGGCCGAGGAGGAGGAGGAGGGGGACGCGUCGGCUGGGACUGAGAGCAGCAGGGCCAGCCGCGCGUCGUCCCUGGUGAGUGGCCUCCUGGUCGAGCUCUACAGCGUGGGGCGUCCCCGCCACCGCGACAGCGUGGACAGUUCCACAGAGGCUUCAGCCGGCUCCGACGCCUUCCCCGGGGGCAGAGGCAGCAGCGCCGAGUCGCGCUUCUUGCAGGAGCUGCAACGGAGGCCGAACCGGCGGCACCAGAGGACUUACCUGACCCAAAAAGACAUGAAUGAGCUGAUGGCCAUAAUACGAGAACUGAAUUACAGAAUAUGCGUCCAGUCAUCCAAACUACUCCGUCUUCUGAAACAAAAGGACAGGCUUUUACAUAAAGUGCAGAAAAACUGUGAUAUUGUAACAGCUUCUUUGCAAGCAGUUUCCCAGAAACGAAGAGUGGAUACAAAGCUGAAGUUUACUCUCGAGCCAUCUCUAGGUCAGAAUGGUUUUCAGCAGUGGCAUGAUGCUCUUAAAGCAGUGGCCAGGCUGCCAACGGGAAUACCAAAGGAGUGGAGGAGAAAGGUUUGGCUCACCUUGGCAGAUCACUACUUAAGGAGCAUAGCUAUUGACUGGGAUAAAACAAUGCGCUUCGCUUUCAAUGACAGAAGCAAUCCUGAUGAUGACUCCAUGGGUAUUCAGAUUGUAAAGGAUCUCCAUCGAACUGGAUGCAGUUCUUACUGCGGCCAAGAGGCAGAGCAAGACAGAGUAGUGUUGAAGCGAGUUUUACUGGCCUAUGCAAGGUGGAACAAAUCAGUAGGAUAUUGCCAAGGUUUUAACAUCUUAGCAGCCCUCAUCCUGGAAGUGAUGGAAGGCAAUGAGGGAGAUGCUUUAAAAAUAAUGAUUUAUUUAAUUGAUAAAGUGCUGCCUGACAGCUAUUUUGUCAAUAACCUCAGAGCAUUAUCUGUUGACAUGGCUGUGUUCCGAGAAUUAUUAAGAAUUAAACUACCUGAGCUUUCCCAGCAUUUGGAUACUCUUCAAAGAGCUGCCAACCGGGAGAGUGGAGGUGGAUAUGAGCCUCCUCUCACUAAUGUCUUCACAAUGCAGUGGUUCCUGACUCUCUUUGCUACAUGUCUUCCUAACCAUACAGUUCUAAAAAUUUGGGAUUCUAUAUUCUUUGAGGGUUCAGAGAUUAUAUUGAGAGUAUCUCUGGCUAUUUGGGCAAAACUAGGAGAGCAGAUAGAUUGUUGUGAAACUGCAGAUGAAUUCUAUAGCACCAUGGGAAGGUUAACCCAGGAGAUGCUGGAAGACAACCUCAUUGACAGCAACGAACUCAUGCAGACUGUUUAUUCUAUGGCUCAGUUUCCUUUCCCACAACUAGCAGAAUUAAGGGAGAAAUAUACCUACAACAUCACUCCUUUCCCAGCUUCGGUAAAAUCAACUUUCGGUCACCUGGGGAAAACUAGAGACAGUGAUGAGGAGAAUGACCUUGAUGAUGAAGAUUCCAUAGCCAAUGCCAUUGGUUGCCUUGGACCAUUCAGUGGCUUUCUCAGUCCAGAACUACAGAAGUAUCAAAAGCAAUUCAAAGACCACAAUGAAGAACAAACUCUUGGCUCUAGUAACAUUGCAGAGUUAAGUCCUGGAGCUAUAGAUGCCUGUCGAAGUGAAUACCAUGCUGCUUUUAACAGCAUGAUGAUGGAGCGAAUGACUACAGACAUCAAUGCAUUGAAGAAACAAUACUCCCGGAUAAGGAAGAAGCAGCAACAACAGGUUCAUCAGGUUUACAUCAGAGCAGAUAAGGGUCCAAUCACCAGUCUUCUGCCCUCUCAGGUAAACCAUUCUCCAGUGAUCAACCAUCUUCUGCUGGGUAAGAAGAUGAAGCCAACUAACAGGUCUGCCAAGAAUGCUAUUAUUCACAUCCCAAAUCAUACAGGAGGCAAGAUGUCACCUGGCUCACAUGAAGACAUUAAAGCAAAGCUUAACUCCCCAUGGUGUACUCACAUGAGGGUACACAGAAAGAACAUAGCCAGAGCCAAAGGCCAGCUGGGUUAUGGGGAUACUAUUGGGCUUAUAGAGGAGCAGAGUGACGGUGGCAAAAUUAGUAGUCCCAAUGCAAAACAAGAAACUCUAAGCACACUUGAAUCCAUGGCAAGGGAUGGGAGCAACUCAGAUGCCAGGACAACCAGAAAAGCUGAUGGACAGUCUCCUGAACCAACUUACAGAGAUGCCAAUGACAACAUCUCAGACGUUCAGCAGAAGCUGGAAGUGCUGGAACUUACCCAGAGUAAUAACGAUGGCACUGAAACUGUAUUAAGUCUGUCAUGCCAAACACGAAUAUCUGAGUUGCUGCAUUUGCCCACUGAGAAUGAAACACCAGCAAAAUCUCCCCAGACUAGCAAUUCCAAGCCACAGGUCUUUAGCCCUUUCCCUAGUGUCAAGCCUCUCAAAAAAUCAGCUGCAGCCAGAAAUCUAGGACUAUAUGGCCCAACUGAACGAACCCCUACUGUACAUUUCCCACAGAUGAGCCGAAGCUUUAACAAGCCCACAAGUGGUAACUUUGGGUCCAAGAAACGAUGAUAUAUUUACUAUUGAUGUUUCAUUAUUGCUGUUAUUUUAGGUUGUAUAUGUAUUCAUAUGGAUCCAAAGCAGUUUCUAAGUUAGUUUAAUUCUUCACCUGAAGGAGUAGAAAUAACAGACAACUGAUGUAUGAAGUGUGUUUCUGGAAUGUAGGACAAUGAAGGUACAUGGUGGCACACACGGUUAUCAUGUUAAAAGAAUAAAUGUUGACUUGCAGCAUGGGAAA